AUGGCCGCAGACCGUCUCAGCUCGCUUUUGAGCCACCUUAAGCCCGGCGCCAGCAGCGGACUCAAUGCCAUCACCCAGAAGAACCCCGAUGAUGUGGUCAUCACCCUGUCCUUGCGCACACCUCUGACCAAGGCCCGCAAGGGUGGUUUCAAGGAUACCGAGCUGGACUACAUGGUCUACGCCCUGCUGAAGGAAACUCUGGCCCGAUCCAAGAUCGAUCCCGCCCUCGUCGAGGAUGUCUGUCUGGGCAACGUUGGCGAAGGUAAAGCCGCCUACAUGGUCCGCGCUGCCGCCCUGGCCGCUGGUAUCCCGCACACCGCAGGUGCCUCCUCAGUCAACCGCUUCUGCUCUUCCGGCCUGAAGGCUGUGCAAGACAUCGCCAACCAAAUCUCCCUUGGUGCUAUUGAUGUCGGAAUCGCUCUUGGUGCGGAGCUGAUGUCUGCCGCUGGCGACCGUCUGGAGAAGCCCUUCAAUGAGGAGGUCCUGAGCAACCAGGAGGCUGCGGACUGCAUGCAGCCCAUGGGCCAGACCUCUGAGAACGUCGGCAAUGACUUUGGAAUCUCGCGUGAGCAGCAAGAUCGUUACGCGGCAGAGUCUUUCCGUCGUGCCGAGACUGCGCAGAAGUCAGGCUGGUUCGAUGAUGAGAUUGCUCCCAUCUCGGUUAAGGUUAAGGAUCCUAAGACUGGCGAGGUUCACCAAGUUACUCUGAACAAGGAUGACGGUGUUCGUUACGGAACUACUUAUGAGUCGCUGGCCAAGAUCCGCCCUGCUUUCCCUGAAUUUGGUGAUAAGUCGACUGGUGGUAACUCGAGCCAGGUUACUGAUGGCGCUGCUUCCGUCCUCCUCAUGCGCCGCUCCAAGGCUAUCGAGCUGAAUCAGCCUAUCCUGGCCAAGUUCUGCGGUGCCACCGUUGCCGGUGUCCCGCCCCGUGUCAUGGGCAUUGGUCCCACCGCCGCUAUCCCCAAGCUGCUGACCAAGUUCCAACUUGAUAAGAACGAUGUUGACAUCUUUGAGAUUAAUGAGGCAUUUGCCUCCAUGGCGGUUUACUGUGUUAACACCCUUGGUCUGGACCAUGCCAAGGUGAACCCGCGUGGUGGCGCUAUUGCUAUUGGCCACCCACUGGGUGCUACCGGUGCUCGCCAGAUUGCCACUGUUCUGAGUGAGGCCCGCCGGACUAAGAAGAAGGUUCUUGUUACGAGCAUGUGUAUUGGUACCGGCCAAGGAAUGGCUGGUCUGUUUGUUAAUGAGCAACUGUAA